AUGAAAAUGCUUGCUAGCGAAUCAGAAUUCCGUGUUAAAGUAGCUGUUCGUGUUCGACCAUUUUUACCACGAGAAAAAACACAUGAACAAAAAAGUUGUAUUGCUAUUCAUCCACAAACUAAUCAAAUUGUAUUAGGAGAUAGACGAACAUUCAAAUAUGAUUUUAUCUUGGGACCAAAAACUCUACAGGAAGAAUUAUAUCGAACAAGUGUUGAACCCAUGCUAAAUAAUGUUUUUGAUGGAUAUAAUGUUACAAUCUUUGCUUAUGGUCAAACUGGUUCAGGAAAAACAUAUACUAUGACAGGUGGAAAUAUUUUAUCAAUAGGAGAAAAAGAUUAUGGUAUUAUUCCACGUGCUGUUAAAACAAUAUUUAAUACUAUUCAAAAUCGACCUGAUUGUCGAAUUACAAUAUCUGCAUCUUAUUUAGAAAUCUAUAAAGAUGAUAUUAUUGAUUUACUUGAUGUUAAUGAUAAAGAUAUAGAUGUUCGAGAUGAUGCCGCUGGAAAUACAGUUGUUAUCGGAGCAAGUGAACACAGAUGUGAUUCAAUUGAUGAUGUUGUUAGUUUAUUAAAAAAAGGUUCUAAUGUUAGACAUACUGGUGCAACACAUAUGAAUGAUGAAUCAUCUAGAUCACAUGCUAUUUUUACUUUAUAUAUUGAACAACGUCUUCAUGAUAAAAAUCCUAAUACAAAUACUGUGCAAGCUUCAUUUGAUGCUCUUGUUAAGCCACUACAAACAACAUUUGAUGAAAGUUAUCUUUCUGCUAAACUUCAUUUUGUUGAUUUGGCCGGUUCGGAACGUGUUGCACGUACACAAAAUACAGGCGAACGUUUUCAAGAAUCAAUACGUAUUAAUUCGGGUUUAUUGGCUCUGGGAAAUGUUGUCAGUGCUUUAUCCGAUCCAAAAAAACGUACCGGUGGUCAUAUACCUUACCGUGAUUCAAAAAUUACUCGUUUACUCAAAGAUUCACUUGGUGGAAACGCUAAAACAUUAAUGAUUACAUGUGUGAGUCCAUGCACUGCUGACCUUGAUGAAUCUCUUAAUGCACUUAAAUAUGCACAACGAGCAAGUCAAAUUCGAAAUAAACCUAUAAAAAAUAUUGAUCCAAAUGCACAACAUGUUAUUGAAAUGCAAAGUGAAAUUACUCAUUUACGAGAAGAAUUAGAACGACAACGAACAAUUAUCUCACGUGAUGGACAAUCAAAUAAUAGUCGACGAUCAACUGGUUUUAAUAAUAUUGAUAAUUCACGUCGUUUAAUUCAAACAGCAUAUGUUUGUUUUCAACAAUUAAAUGCAUGUGAAGAUUUAAGUGAUGAACAAAAACAAUGGAUACAAACAUGGAUGGAUUCUGUAUCAAAUGAAAAUGCACAAGAUUUAUGCAAUGAUAUACUUACAUCUCGAGUAACGAAUUUAGAAAAUGCUUUACAUUCGAAACAAUCAAUUCAACCACGUACAAUACAUUCUAGUCCAGCUGUAUUUGAUAUGGAUUAUGUUGUUGAAAGAUUUCAUGGACGAUCACUUGCUUUAGCUCAUUCACAAGAAGAAAUUGAAGAAUUAGAUUUACGAAAUAGUGAUGAAAAAUUUAAUGAUGAAAGAAAAUUUUUUCGACGUGGCACAUAUCGUCUUCGUAAGAAUCGAUUGACACCAAGUAUCUUACAACAAGAUGAACCAUUACAAGUAUUAACAGAAUCAACAAUAAGUAAACAAAAAUUAAUUGAAGAAGCAUCAAGAAAAGUUAAAGAAGCUGAAAGUAACGCACAAGAUCUUAGUAUUAAUAUUCAAUUAAAAGAACAAUUAAUUAAAAGUGUAUAUGCAUCAACUAAAGAUGUCAAAGAUACAAAUGAACAAUAUGAACAACAUAUUAAAAUGUUAGAAAAAGAAGUAGAAAAAGCUAAACAUGAAUAUCAUGAUCUACAAAAAACAAUGCAGCAACUUGCAACGAAAAAUACAAGUGAAAAAUCUAAAUCAGAAAGUGAAUAUCGAAAAAAAUGUGAUAUGGCUAGAGCUCGUCUUGAAUCAUUACAACAAAAAGAAAAACAAUAUCGAGAACUCAUGAAUAAACUAUCAGGCAAUAGUGAAAAGAGAAUUUCUGAUCUUCAAGCAACUCUCUUUCGUAUGAAACAGCAAUAUGAAACAGCUCAAAAGCGUAUACGUGAAGAAACAGAAUUAAAAAAUAAAUUUGAACAAGAUCUUUUACGUGAACAACAACGUAUACAAGAAUUAACAAUUCAAAAUGAACAACAACAAAAAGUUUUAAAAUUAAAAACCGAAGGUCUUGUUGCUGCACAACGAAAAUUACGUGGUGCAUCUAAUGGAAAUAUCAAUGAUGGAACAACAACAACAACCACGACAGCAAAUUUUGAAAUUGAAAUGGAAAAAUUAGUUGCUGAAAGAAAAGAAUUAGAAGCACUAAGAGAUGAUACUAAAAAACGUGAAGAACUUAUUCAAAAACGAGAAUUAUUACUUAAUGAACGUACAGAACUUGAAACGAAGAAAAUGCGUACAAGUCAAGUAUUAAAUAAGAGUUUAAAAUCAGUUAAUGAAAAAUUAAAAAAUGUCGAUAAACAACAACCAAAUCAUCAAAUGAUACGUGAACAAUUACUUAAACAAAAACGUUUAUUUACUGAACGUUUAGAACAACAAGAUAGUGUAUUAACACCAACAGAAGAAAGACGUUUAAUUGAAAUUGAUGAAGCUAUUGAAGCUAUUGAUUUAGCUAUUGAUUAUCAAAAUAAUAUUAUUAAUAAACGAGAACGUGAUGUUCAGCAAUCUAUUCGUGCAAGUCAGGGUCCCGAUUCUCCUCUUUUCAAGAUAGGUCAAUUAAAUGAAAAUGAAUCCAAAGAACUUUGUCGUAAAUUAUUUGGAAAAGUCAUUGAUCUAAAAGAAGCAGAUAAUAAAAAUCGUCGUGAAUUUGAUGAAAUAAAAUCUCAAUUACUUGAACAAACUGAAAUCAUAAAUGAAUUACAAUCACGUAUUCAAACAUUAACACUUGAUCAUGAUCGUCGUUUAACAUCUAUUCAACAAACACAUGAAGAAGAAAAACAAUUAUUACUGGGACAAUUACAAGAAUCAUCAAAUCAAAUAAAAGAUGUCGAAAGAGAUUUAUUUUUUUAUAAACAUAAAACAAGAGAAUUACGUAAAUCUAUGGCAACAUCAACAACAAGUGUACUGGACACAUUAACAUCAUCAACAAUAGGAGUUACACGACGAAAAGAAGCAAAUCUAAAUGAAGAUGAUUUUCUAACACAAUUACCAACACCAAGAACAGCUGUACAACAACAUCAACCUGCACCAUUUCUUCUUAAAACAGGUAAUCGAAAUAAUUCAGCACAUCAAAUACAACAAGAUGAAAUUAAAAAACGAUAA